GUUAAUGAAAUGGAAAAUGGAAAUGAAGACGUUGAAUGGGAGUUUUUCGUGAUUGGUAAACGAGUUCCGUGGAACGAAGCGCAGUCAAUCUGUCCCAUUUACGGAGACCUAAAUUCUCUCCCGGGUUCUGAGGAGCAGGAAAUGGGAUAUGGAUUCUUGCCGGAUCCUUCAACGCGCGAGGCGGAAACAGAUACCGGAAGCACAUUGGCGAUAUUCGACAAGGACAUGAAGGAUUGGCUCGCACGAAUGUUAUCCGAAUCAAAUUACCGAUACGACGGUCUCUGGAUCGGAGGUCGAAGGAAGGAUUCCAUCAGCAAUUGGACCUGGAUUGAUACGGGAAAAAAGGGGGAUACGUCGAUAUCGAAUUCCUUGAUAAUUAGAGACUAUCCCGCUUGGCACAUCGCGGAUAAUCACGGAAACGAUGAGAAGAACUGUCUCACGUUCGACAGAUUAAAUCACGAAGCUCCCGUUCUCGUGCCGGAUAUUUGCCAGCACCGUAAACCGUUCAUCUGUAUGAGACCCGGACAGAGAAGAUUAUCGAAAGAGAAAAUCAUCGAGGGCAACAGUGUCUUUGUCGAUGGCCAACAAUACACAUUGUAUCAAGUCAUCGACGAGGACGAAGAAAAAUUAAAAGCGGAAGGGGUGCGAAAAGUCAACGGGGGUGGUAUUACGUGGAAAGACGCGAGAUUGCAGUGUAAAAAGAGGGGCAAACAUCUUGCUAUGAUUUUCACCAAUGAAGCGGCCAUCGUCAUAGCAAAUGCCAUGCUGCGGAGCAGACCGUCUAUAGAGAGCGUAUGGUUGGAUGGUCGUUGCAUCGAUGGUAUCGAUUGCAUAUGGGUUUCAUCGGGAUUUACGCUAUUGUCAAAAAAAUCGAACAUUACUUCGUAUCCACCUUGGUCGGACGGUCACCCCAUAUUACCAUCAUCGAAAAACAAUGAUUUCUAUCAAGAGGAAAGAUGUCUGAUUCUCGAUAGACAUCUCUGCGCGGAGCAUACAACCCCGGUUUUUAUCGAUUUGGACUGUCAGAAGAAAAGGCCUUUCGUUUGUCAAAAUGCGAAUCCAGAAAUAUCGAAAGACGAUGAGAGGUACAUAUUAAUUGAUAAUGAAAGAUUAAUAUUUUCUUUUGCUAAAAUGACAUGGAACGAAGGCGAAGUUUACUGUCAAAGCAAGUCUGGUCGUAUAGCGAAUAUAUUAGACGCUAAAACUUUAUCCGUCGUAUUAAAGAAAAUGACGAAAUUAGGAACGUCAAGCAAUCGAAUCGUGGAUCAUUUUAUCUACAUUCCGAGGAACGUUAAUGAAAUGGAAAAUGGAAAUGAAGACGUUGAAUGGGAGUUUUUCGUGAUUGGUAAACGAGUUCCGUGGAACGAAGCGCAGUCAAUCUGUCCCAUUUACGGAGACCUAAAUUCUCUCCCGGGUUCUGAGGAGCAGGAAAUGGGAUAUGGAUUCUUGCCGGAUCCUUCAACGCGCGAGGCGGAAACAGAUACCGGAAGCACAUUGGCGAUAUUCGACAAGGACAUGAAGGAUUGGCUCGCACGAAUGUUAUCCGAAUCAAAUUACCGAUACGACGGUCUCUGGAUCGGAGGUCGAAGGAAGGAUUCCAUCAGCAAUUGGACCUGGAUUGAUACGGGAAAAAAGGGGGAUACGUCGAUAUCGAAUUCCUUGAUAAUUAGAGACUAUCCCGCUUGGCACAUCGCGGAUAAUCACGGAAACGAUGAGAAGAACUGUCUCACGUUCGACAGAUUAAAUCACGAAGCUCCCGUUCUCGUGCCGGAUAUUUGCCAGCACCGUAAACCGUUCAUCUGUAUGAGACCCGGACAGAGAAGAUUAUCGAAAGAGAAAAUCAUCGAGGGCAACAGUGUCUUUGUCGAUGGCCAACAAUACACAUUGUAUCAAGUCAUCGACGAGGACGAAGAAAAAUUAAAAGCGGAAGGGGUGCGAAAAGUCAACGGGGGUGGUAUUACGUGGAAAGACGCGAGAUUGCAGUGUAAAAAGAGGGGCAAACAUCUUGCUAUGAUUUUCACCAAUGAAGCGGCCAUCGUCAUAGCAAAUGCCAUGCUGCGGAGCAGACCGUCUAUAGAGAGCGUAUGGUUGGAUGGUCGUUGCAUCGAUGGUAUCGAUUGCAUAUGGGUUUCAUCGGGAUUUACGCUAUUGUCAAAAAAAUCGAACAUUACUUCGUAUCCACCUUGGUCGGACGGUCACCCCAUAUUACCAUCAGCGAAAAACAAUGAUUUCUAUCAAGAGGAAAGAUGUCUGAUUCUCGAUAGACAUCUCUGCGCGGAGCAUACAACCCCGGUUUUUAUCGAUUUGGACUGUCAGAAGAAAAGGCCUUUCGUUUGUCAAAAUGCGAAUCCAGAAAUAUCGAAAGACGAUGAGAGGUACAUAUUAAUUGAUAAUGAAAGAUUAAUAUUUUCUUUUGCUAAAAUGACAUGGAACGAAGGCGAAGUUUACUGUCAAAGCAAGUCUGGUCGUAUAGCGAAUAUAUUAGACGCUAAAACUUUAUCCGUCGUAUUAAAGAAAAUGACGAAAUUAGGAUUAGACCAUGUUUGGGUCGAUGGGCGAACGGUUAUGUCCAAAGAUGGUUGGAAAUGGGUGGAUGAGAAUGGCGAGGUUCUUUCAAGGAAUGACAUUGGUGCCGGAAGUUCCUGGUGCUUUGACGGUUCUUGGCCUUACACCGAUCGGGAGAUUUGUCUGAAUUUGGAUCGCGAAGGUCAUGGUACACCAUUGUUCUAUGGUUUACCUUGCAACACGACCAAUCAAUAUGUUCUCUGCAAUUUAUCCGCUCGCAAAAGUGUACAGUCAAAAUUCACAGAAGUAAACGAAACAAAAGUCGAAGGAAGUAUGGAUAUUCAACAACAAGCUACAGAUUUAGCAGGAAGAAUACGUCAGCUGGCUAAGAACAAGCAAUCUGGCCUACUUUUUGUAAUGGAUGAUAGUUUAAGCGUCUUGAAUACUUGGUUCGCUGAAGAAAUGAAACUAGCAACUACCAUUAUUCGCCGAUAUUUCCCAUUGUCACAAGAUCAUCCAAUGGGCAUGAUUACUUUUUCGCAAAAAGCUAAGAUAGCUCUUGCCUUGAAUCAAACGGAUACUUGUAAUGUUCUCAUCUCGUUAUCCAAGGAUAUGCUCGCGAAUCGUGCGGAUCGCAUAAGCGCGGAUCUUGAUGGAGUUGUCGGAAAGGAGACAAAUUUAAUUAACGCAGCUCUCCUAUCAGUUGAUGCCGUUCGCGCUUCGAAUAUACAACAAGUUAUUAUAGUUUUCGUAACGGAUGGAGAACACGUGGUUGAGGAUAAUGACAAGGAAAAUUUACGAACUGCUAUGGAAAAUUUGCAAAAUCUUAGGAACGACGGCCAUGAAGCAUUUGCAAUUGUCGUUAGCCAAGGUCAAAAAUACGCGGCGGAUUAUAACGUUAUCGAGGAACUAUUCUCCACUUCUUUAAAAGGAGAACGAAAUCUAUACUUUGUCGAAAAUUACAAAGGAUUAGCGGAAAUGAAUUCUGCAUUGAAUUUAACAGGCUGGACGAAAGAUUAUGCUGCUCAAUGUGGAGAAAUACAAUGGAUUAUACCAAAGGAAAAUGAAAUGCUGGCUCAUCUAUUACAAUCGAAGAAAUAGUUAUAAUGGGAAUAGUUGCAAAUAUCUGAAAUUUGGAACAAGAACGAGACAAUAAUUGUGUCAUGUAUCAUACAACAUACACACACAAUUUUUAUGUUCGUAAUUAUAAUUUAUGAAUUAAUUUUAAAUGUAACAGUAUACACAUUUAAAAAAAUGCAACAUAUUAUUCUUGUAAUUAAAUAAAAUAAUAUAAAGAUGAUAAUUACA